AUGGGCUCAAUCAGCGAUGACUUUUCAGUGCCCUCAGGAAGAGUCUUCUCCCAUGGGACCAAAGUUCACUAUGGAGACUUUCGUGAUGAUCUUCUGAGAGAUGGUUACGCGGUCGUCAAGGGCGCUGUGCCCCGUGAUCGGGCUUUGAAAUACGUUGAUCAGAUCUAUGACUGGUUGGAGGAAUUCGACCUCGGCUUCAAAAGAGACGACCCAUCCACCUUCCAUAAAGAUAAUCUUCCUGACAUCAACGAAAAGGGCAUGUGCCUGGGUUACGGUGUCUCCCACGAAUCCUUCACCUGGGCAGUUCGUCAAGAACCCGGCGUCGUAGAGGCAUUCGAAAAGGUCUACGACGACAAAGAUCUGAUCGUCUCUUUUGAUUCAAUUAACAUUAGCUUCCCCAAUCGUACAGAUAUCAAACCUAACAAGCCGUGGCCGCAUCAAGACCAGGAUCCCGAAAAGCCUGGGUUCAGGUGUCUGCAGGGUCUUGUGAAUCUGCUGCCUAAUGGACCUGAGGAUGGUGGGUUGAUUGUGUGUAAAGGUGCUCAUCUGUUGAGUGAGGAGUUUCAUCGGGAUUUCAAGGAGGAGGAGAAGAUCUGGUCUUGGACUAAAGAGUGGUAUGGCUUUACCGACGCUGGAUUGCAAUGGUUAAAAGACAAAGGUUGCGAAUGGGUCAAAGUCACUGCAGAGCCGGGUGACCUCCUGCUAUGGGACUCUCGCACACCUCACUACAACGUAUCAUCCAGAUCACAGCAGCCCCGAUUUGCGGUUUAUACCUGUUACAUGCCAGUCAGUGACGCGACUGAAGAGGAACUUCUCCGCAAGAAGAAGGCGUUUGACGAGUCUAUAAUGACGACUCACUGGCCAAAUGCUAUGCAUCUUGUUGAUUUGCCCGUACUGAGAAAUGGAGAGCCGGAUCCUUACAACAGAUCCAAGCCGCGAAAACCCGUUGAUUUGACUGAGCGUGGAUUCAAGUUGACUGGUAUUCCGUAUCUCAAGCAGGCUGCAUAA